GUAUGCUUUGUUAACUUUAUCAUUUAGUAAACAAUAUUAGAGAUGUCAGCUGCUAUUAGCUGCUUAGCACUUGAGCUCAGCACAAGAGCAUAAAGCAUAUUCAACCUGUUGUCUCUCUCACUCAUUCACUCUCUCUCUAUCUCACUACUUCCGUCACUACUCCCCCCACUACAGAUCCACUAACACAAAAGAGAUGGGAAGUUCGGAUCACUUUACUGAUUCGGGUCAAUCGUUCUCUUUCACUGCCUCGACCCGUUCAAAAAGACCCGUUCAAUUGACUGUCAGCUUUCCUAUACACAAAAAAGAAAAAAGGUUCACCCCCAGAUGAUGGGUGAAAACAGAAAACAAAAAGGUUUACCCCAGUUGAUGAACGGGUUUUUUGAAUAAAUGUGAUCCGGAUCACUCGGUCACCUUACUGUUCCGUUCAUUUUGAACGGGUCAUGACCGAACGACGACACAUUUAAACAAGAGUAGGCCUACACGUGCACUUAACAAUGGAAGCAAUAACUGUCUGAUUGUAAGUUAUAGCUGGAUGACUGCUUAAUAAAGGCAUAACUGGACAUUUCAUGCACAGUGAUAUUCUGUAGAUUUACUCUAAUAGGCACAAAGUUCAGUCGUUAUCACCGGAAUUUGAUAGAACGAUAACCGCGUAGUGACACAAUUCUGCUCUCUGUUUCAUUAACAGUUGCUAAUAAGUGUUAAUAAGUGUCAAAACAAACUAAACUGAACAAUCAUGAGUUCGACUCCCGCAUCAUUGACAAGUAAGUUUGAAGUUUGCCUUAACAACGACGAUUUGAGUGAUUGUGAGUUUAUAGUUGGAAAACACAAGCGUCGAAUCAAAGGACAUAAACUGUUGUUCGGCAUUUCUAGUCCUGUUUUUCGAGCCAUGCUCUACGAUGACCCCAAAAAUACCGUCACUUUUCAAAUAGAGGACGUCGAAGCUGAUGAAUUCAAUGGUAUGAAACAAUUUUUCUACACCGAAAGUGUGCAUUUCACCUCAAGUCUUCAUGCAUGUUCAUUGUAUUUGGCUUCUUGGAAGUAUGUUAUUCCCGACCUGAUGACAGCGUGUGUUCAAUACAUAAAAGACAAUAUCUCCGUUUCGGAAGCGAUAGAAGUGUAUGAGUUUUCACGGCUUAACAACAUUCCAGACAUUGAACCUAUUUGUUGUGCGUUGUUUCAAAACAAAACCAAGGAAAUAAUGGAAAGUGAAAAGUUCCUUUCAGCUGAUAUCCAAACCCUAGAAUCAAUAUUGAAGAUGGACUCAUUGAAAUUGAAAUCUGAAUUAGAGGUGUUUGAAUACACAGAAAAAUGGGCUCUCGCAGAGGCUCGUCGUAGUAACAUUGAUAAGCAUCAACUGGGAGAACAUUUCAAUAGUAUCACAAAGCAGAUACGCUUUUUGACAAUGAGUAAAGAUCAAUAUCUGGAAGGCCCAUACAAGUCUGAUUUGUUGACUGCAGAGAAGAAACUUUUAAUCGCCCACAAUCUAUUGGGAUUUGAAGAUGAAAUGCUCCACAAAUUGAUUUCUGAAACUAAGGUUCGAGUUUUUACAGAGGAAGAAGAAGGAGAAAACGUCGAAAACAAAGAGGGAGAGGAAGAAGAAGAAGAAGGAGAAAACGUCGAAAACAAAGAGGGAGAGGAAGAAGAAGAAGAAGGAGAAAACGUCGAAGACAAAGAGGUAGAAGGAGAAGAAGAAGGUGUAAUCGUCAUAAACAAAGAGGUAGAAGAAGAAAAUGACAAAACUGAUAGAAUAGUUCACAAAAUAUUGAAAAAUGUAACCAACGUUGAGAAAUUUCACUUCAUUUUCAAUAAGAGAGAAAUGAGUCACGUCUUCAGAUAUCAGGAGAUGGAUUUUGAAAUCUAUUUGAGUAUAUUAAAAUGUCUGGAGCUAGAUAAUCAACAAAUGGUAUGGUUAACCCUCAUAUGCAAAUAUAUAAGCAAAUACAACAUCAAGUUAUGUUCAGUGGAAAAAGUAAAAAUUGUUUGGGGCGAGGGACAGAAAUUCAAUAAUACAUUUUUCAAGAAUGUUUCAAUCAUUGAUAGUAAUGAAAUCAUAUUUCCUUAUAUUACUACAGGUAAACCUCCUACAUCAGGUGUGGAUGAAAUUCAUUUUGAUUUGACACUCUCCAAGCUGUAAUAGUUUUGGUUGAUUGAAUAAAUUCAUAAAGACUUCA